UUGUUGCUUUUCUUCUCUGCCUCGGACAUCCCAGAACAUGUCCCCAUCCAGUGGGACGCCGACGAGUGGAGUAGUUGGGGUGGUCGCGGCGAUCCCGUCCUACAAAUUGAACUGGGCAAGUGGGCCGAUCUGAUGCUGGUGGCACCGCAGGACGCAAACACACUAGCCAAAAUGGCAUACGGUUCGUGUGAUAAUCUGCAACUUUGUACGGCGAGGGCAUUUGUCUUUGAAAACCCGUUGUUUUUGCCACGAACAACCGUCAUGCAUCAUCCGUACACGGGACCGCUGAUCGAGACGCUCCGGUCGUGGGGCUUCAGGGAGAUUCCGUGUGUGACCACGACGCUGAUGUGCAGCGAUACGGGAUUGGGUGCGAUGGCUAAGGUUGAAUCGAUCGUGCAACAGGUGGCGGGAUGUUUGAGGAAAUGGAGUUGGAAAAUUUGUAGAAGUAAAUGGCACCCUCGGUUUAUCUCCCUGGUAUCGGUCCAAAGCCGCCGGCAAAUGCAUUUCAGCUAGGUUCUUUUGGCCUCAAUGGUAUUGCUGUUGGACA